UUCGUGACUGUCGCGGGCAGGGAGGGGCACGUGCUAGCGCCAAGGCUAGCGCGUUUUUCUCAGUGCAAUUUCCUCCAGCCUCCAUCAAAAACUGCAGCCGUCCCUCUUUCUCUCAACACAACACCUUCGAUUCUCCCAUACCAUACUCGCAACCACAUCUGCAAUUAUGGGUUUCACCGAUCUCGUUUCCGAAGCAGGCCUGACUCUCCUGAACAACUAUGUCAAGACCCGCAGCUACAUUGUUGGCUACUCCCCAUCGCAGGCCGAUGUAAAGGUCUACCAGCAAAUCAAGCAGAUCCCCGCGCCUGAGAAGUACCCGUACGCAUGGCGCUGGUACAACCACAUGCUCACCUUCGAGGGCGAGUUCGACUCUCUUCCUGGUGACCCUACCAAGGACUUCACCGCCUACGGCCCCGAGUCCUCUGAGCUCACCCUCAACCCCGCCAAGGCACCUGAGAAGGAGGCUGAGGACGAUGAUGACGAGGUCGACCUGUUCGGCAGCGACGACGAGGAGGAGGACGCCGAGGCUGCCAGGAUCAAGGAGGAGCGUCUGGCCGAGUACAACAAGAAGAAGGCCGGCAAGGUCAAGCCUGCUGCCAAGUCUAUCGUCACCCUCGACGUUAAGCCAUGGGAUGACGAGACAAACAUGGACGAGCUCAAGGCGAACGUUCUCUCCAUCGAGAAGGAUGGUCUCGUCUGGGGUGCCUCCCAGUUGGUCGCUGUCGGUUUCGGUAUCAAGAAGCUCCAGAUCAACUUGGUCGUUGAGGACGACAAGGUCUCGCUCGACGAGCUCCAGCAACAGAUCGAAGAGUUCGAGGACCACGUCCAGUCCACCGACGUUGUUGCCAUGCAGAAGUUGUAGAUGACUUCUUCUUGUUGGCGCGCCCUUUUAUGACCUUUUAUGCGUGAUCAUGACGGACGGUUUAACGUCUUUAUGAGCAGUCGCUAGACGAAUGAAUACCAAAAUCACGACAUGGUAGAGAUACCACUCCCACUGCGGGACAACAACACACCUUGCUAUAUGCACUUGUGACUUAAUGAAUCACAUAGGACAGGCGUGGGCGUGGUAACGGUACGCCUGAUGCGUGAGUGGCUCAUACAGGAACCGUCCAGGCCGCGUAGCAACGGUAGGUGGGCUGCGGUAAGG